ACUUGGCUCAUAUAAUUUACCAUUUCAGAUACAUUGAAACUGGUCGUCUUUCCAAAUGUUCCGCAGUCUCCCUCUCUUCUUCCUCUUCUCUGUAACUGCAACGCUUCUUCUUCCAAGUAGAAGUGAUGUCAACUUUAACACUUCGUCUGUGCUUGAGGGUAAAAAUCACUCAAACAGGGGCUCAGCAACGGCAACACUUAAAAUUGUCAACAAACGCAGUAAGGGGCGCCACUUUAAAGUCGAUUAUGUUUUCAUGGCAUGCGAUGAUAGGAAAAAUUGCAGCAGUAGCGUGAUCACACGCUCACCGGGAAGUGAUGGUGAUUCUGGUAAUGUGGCACGUGUAACUAACAGUGGUGUGAAACUAUAUGCAGUAAACAAUAGUUACACUCGUACUAAUAAGACCGUGAAUGCAACAACACAGGCACAACAAGUAAAAAUACUACCAAGAUCAAGACGAUCAACAACAUUGCCACCAUUAUCGCCACCACCAACUUUUUUAUCGCCAACUGGGUCACCAGCACAAGUACCAACAUUUUCGUCACCAUCAAUACUAAUACGAGUGUCUGGUAACCACCAAUUUUGGAAAACGAAAGUCGUUAUAGGUAAAUUAAAGAUCUAUUAUCCUUUCUAUAUUUCCUGUUUCACAAUUUUGUGCUUUACAUUUAUAUAUGACAAAUCUGUAAUCCGUCUCCAAUGAAAGAACAAUUAGAGGCCAUCUUAAACCAUGUCUUGAUCUGCUUUUGUUGAUGAAUCCAAAAUAAAAACUUAUAUAUAUGUAAAUAACCUCAAAAUUCUUCGAAAUAGAAAGUUAUCCGUUGAGACCA